GCUUGCACACAAUCACCUUUUCGAGAAAACCGUUUAAGUGUGACCUUUCCAAUUUAUAUUUUUUUAAGUCUUUGAAAACAACAGGUAUUGUUCUCGAUUCUUUAAUUGAAACUAACGACAAAGAAGAAGAAGAAGCCUUUAAUAAAGACCCUGAAUAGAAAGUAGAUUGCAUUUUAAAGUACUUAACACGAAUGAAAAUACAAGUAUUGGACUACGCAAAUUAUAAUUAAACAAUAUUCUCUUUUCGUUGAGCCGGUUCAGAGCGAUGUUACCUAAAGCCUAACAAGCAAAAAAUAGUUUUUUUUUAUGUUUUAUUGUCUCUGGGUGUUCUAGGAGGACGGUGUACAUUGAGCGGUAGCUUUAUUUAAUCUCAAAUUUCAAAAUGUUCUCCUGUUUAAUAAAAAGAUGCUUCACGACUGCUUGCAGGACUCCCAGAGUGUCCAGUCUGUUGCAGGUGGAGCCUAGAAUAUCACCGUGUGCAAUCAAGGCCUCUCCUCUCCCCCUGCUACCCUCGGCCUGCUCCUCACCCUGGCUCCCCAGGCAGUCUGCGGCCUGCAUGCUGAGAGCCCAGCUCCUGCACCUCUCGCCCCAGAACCUCCAGCAUAAACGCAGACGGACUGAAGAACCCCAGGAGCGAGAGCUGGACCUGCUGCGCUAUGACAUGAAGGAUCUCCCGAAGGGGCCCAGGCCAGCGCUGUACCUUGGCUUUGCUGGGCUGAUCCCCUUUGUCUCCGCUCCGCUGCUCAUGGCUGUCACUGAGCUCUACUACCCAGAAAUUGCCUACGCGCAGGUGGCCUAUGGAGCUUCCAUCGUGUCUUUCCUGGGUGGUGCCCGGUGGGGGUUUGCCCUUCCCGAGGGCAGUCCUGCCAAGCCAGACUGGCUGAACCUGGCCAACAGUGUGGUACCUUCUCUGCUGGCCUGGGUGGCACUGCUUUUCAGGGACAACAUUACUCAGGCCACACUGAUGGUUAUCAUGGGCCUGGGCAUCUCCCUGCACUAUGACCUAGCCCUCCUGCCAGGGUACCCAAGUUGGUUCAAGGCCCUGCGGACUGUCCUCACGCUGGUGGCCACUUUCUCCCUGGUGGCCACUCUGAUAUUGAAAAACGUCUACCCAGAAAAGAUACUGAGCUUGGAGAAGAAGUGAUGGACGUUGAGGUUACAAAAAGAAGAGUCUGAACCUUAUGGUAAAAACAAUGUAAAGACUGAUAGUACGGUUUCAAAGAUAUAUUAUUUUUUUGAUGAAGGGGGUGAUAGAUUUGUGGAAAAAAUAAUAAUCGGGGAGAAGUACACCUUUCAGUUCUUAUGGUCUUACCCGAGUUGUAUUUGUGAAAGAGAUGAUGACUAGCAAGGCAUAACUUGAGCAUGGAUCAAUUAUGUUGUUUUCAUUUUAAGACCAAGGAAGUGGAUAUCAUUCAGAAGAGAGACCAGGAAGUGCUUACAUAACUCUUCUGUUAGUUAGCAUGAGCAUCUUCGCUUCCCACCCUGCAGGGACAAUAGCUAACAAUAAUUGCAUUACUUGGAGUGCAGCAAUCCUUGCAGGACCCCAAGCCAGUUCAGAAAUAAGGAUUUAAUCUGCUUUAAAUGGAUCCAGCAUCAAUUAGCCAAUACCAGGGGUUGAAGUAAAGCCUGCUACUAAAUGGAAAAGUCAGUGGAAAUCUUUUGGAAUCCUACAGUAUGUGACAUUGCAUAGUGGUACACGUGUGAGAAAUGUACAAAUGCAGUGUGAAAGAUGGAUCAUUUAAUAAAGUUACUUAACCUCCAAAACCUCAAAACCCUGGUUGCCACCUACUGUUGUCUUGUCAUCUCAGCACUCCCUCUUUCAGACAUCCUUGUCCACCCUCACCUCUCAGUGGUGGAAAGAAUUGCCCAUGAAACUCAGAGUUGCUUGGUCCCUGACCUUUCAGUGCUUACUGUACAUGAAAUCUGUACCUGUGUGCACAGCACCUGCGAUCUCUCAGCUACUGAAGAUAUCGCACACUAUAUUGCAUUAAUGUUUUAAAUUCUCAAACUGAUAUUGUAACUUGCUUAUUCACUAAAAAAUGGAAUACAUACCUACAGGAUGUUAAUAAUAUGCAAUGUUUCCUAACAAAUGUAAUUGUGUGCAGUAGCAAGGCUUUCAGAUACAUAAUGGUCUUAACAUAUUUUUGGUCUUUUCAUUUGCACAGAGAUCACAUCCUUCCAGUUGAUCUAAUUGUCCUAUUCUAAUUAGAAUUAGCCUGUGUGCUGAAAACUACUUCAGGUUAUUUCAUUUUAGUUUUGAAUUUUAAAUAAUUUUAAAUGCUCAUUUUAUGGGAGCCACUUACAGUCACUUGUGCACUGCACAAGUAUGAAAAUGAAAAGUGCUACUGCAGGAAAUGUUACAUUUGCCUUUGCAACACAGCCUUUCACCAAUAAAACCUUAUCCCUGCUGUCAUG